CGAGCGGGCUAGCGGGCCGCGGCGAGUGAGGAGGCGGCGCAGCUCAGGAGAAAGAAGAGGCAGCGGGGGUGCGGCCGCCAAGGGGAGCUCCUCCCCCGUCCCUUCACCGCCUCAUCUCGGCUAGCUCCUCGAGCACCGGGCGGGGCGGGGGUACGUGGAGCGGGGCCAGGCUGGGGCGCUGCUCCGAGUGCGGCCGGAGCGCACCCCAGCUCCGAGCGCGCCGCUCUCUGGAACUUUGUGGCGGCGCCGCAGGUGUGGGGGCCCGCGGAGGUGUGCAUGUGGGGCGCGAGGGCGUCGUGGAGAGCGGCCGCUGCCCUGUUUGGCCCCCGCUGGAGUAGCCCGGAGGAAGCGAGCGCGGAGAAAGGUGUGUGCCUUCUUCCUGCUUCUAGAGAAAAAUGCCGGUCCGGAAGCAAGAUACACAGAGAGCAUUACUCCUUUUGGAAGAAUAUCGUUCAAAACUAAGCCAAACUGAAGACAGACAGCUCAGAAGUUCCAUAGAACGGGUUAUUAACAUAUUUCAGAGCAACCUCUUUCAGGCUUUAAUAGAUAUUCAAGAAUUUUAUGAAGUGACCUUACUGGAUAAUCCAAAAUGUAUAGAUCGUUCAAAGCAAUCUGAACCAAUUCAGACAAUUCAGUCUGUGAAUACUUGGGAAAUUUCCAGCCUUCCAAGCACUACUGUGACUUCACAAACACUGCCAAGCAGCCUUAGCCCUAGUGUAGAGAAAUAUCGGUAUCAGGAUGAAGAUACACCUCCUCAAGAACACAUUUCCCCACAAAUCACUAAUGAGAUGAUAGGUCCAGAAUUGGUUCAUGUCUCAGAGAAGAACCUGUCAGAGAUUGAGAAUGUCCAUGGAUUUGUUUCUCAUUCUCAUAUUUCACCAAUAAAGCCAACAGAAGCUGUUCCUCCCUCUUCUCCCACUGUCCCUGUGAUCCCUGUCCUGCCAGUCCCUGCUGAGAAUACUGUCAUCUUACCCACCAUACCACAGGCAAAUCCUCCUCCAGUACUGGUCAACACAGAUAGCUUGGAGACACCAACUUAUGUUAAUGGCACUGAUGCAGAUUAUGAAUAUGAAGAAAUCACACUUGAAAGGGGAAAUUCAGGCCUUGGUUUCAGUAUUGCAGGAGGUACAGACAACCCACACAUUGGAGAUGACUCAAGUAUUUUCAUUACCAAAAUUAUCACAGGGGGAGCAGCUGCCCAAGAUGGAAGAUUGCGGGUCAAUGACUGUAUAUUGCGAGUAAAUGAAGUAGAUGUUCAUGAUGUAACACAUAGCAAAGCAGUUGAAGCAUUGAAAGAAGCAGGGUCUAUUGUACGCUUAUAUGUAAAAAGGCGGAAACCAGUAUCAGAGAAAAUAAUGGAAAUAAAGCUCAUUAAAGGUCCUAAAGCAGGUCUUGGGUUCAGCAUUGCUGGAGGUGUUGGAAAUCAGCAUAUUCCUGGGGAUAAUAGCAUCUAUGUAACCAAAAUAAUUGAAGGCGGUGCAGCACAUAAGGAUGGCAAACUUCAGAUUGGAGAUAAACUUCUAGCAGUGAAUAGUGUAUGUUUAGAAGAAGUUACUCAUGAAGAAGCAGUAACUGCCUUAAAGAACACAUCUGAUUUUGUUUAUUUGAAAGUGGCAAAACCCACAAGUAUGUAUAUGAAUGAUGGCUAUGCACCACCUGAUAUCACCAACUCUUCUCAGCCUGUUGAUAAUCAUGUUAGCUCAUCUUCCUACUUGGGCCAGACACCAGCAUCACCAGCUAGAUACUCACCAGUUUCUAAAGCAAUGCUCGGAGAUGAUGAACUUACAAGGGAACCUAGAAAAGUCGUUCUUCAUCGUGGUUCAACAGGCCUUGGUUUCAACAUUGUAGGAGGAGAAGAUGGAGAAGGAAUAUUUAUUUCCUUUAUCUUGGCUGGAGGACCUGCUGAUCUGAGUGGAGAACUCAGAAAAGGAGAUCGUAUUAUAUCGGUAAACAGUGUUGACCUAAGAGCUGCCAGUCAUGAACAGGCAGCAGCUGCAUUGAAAAAUGCUGGCCAGGCUGUCACAAUUGUUGCACAAUAUCGACCUGAAGAAUACAGUCGUUUUGAAGCUAAAAUACAUGACUUACGGGAGCAGAUGAUGAAUAGUAGUAUUAGUUCGGGGUCAGGUUCUCUUCGAACUAGCCAGAAGCGAUCCCUCUAUGUCAGAGCCCUUUUUGAUUAUGACAAGACUAAAGAUAGUGGCCUUCCCAGUCAGGGAUUGAACUUCAAAUUUGGAGAUAUCCUCCAUGUUAUCAAUGCUUCUGAUGACGAAUGGUGGCAAGCCAGGCAGGUUACACCAGAUGGUGAGAGUGAUGAAGUUGGAGUGAUUCCCAGUAAACGCAGAGUUGAGAAGAAAGAACGAGCCCGGUUAAAAACAGUGAAAUUCAAUUCUAAAACAAGAGACAAAGGGCAGUCAUUCAAUGACAAGCGUAAAAAGAACCUCUUUUCCCGAAAAUUCCCCUUCUACAAGAACAAGGACCAGAGUGAGCAGGAAACAAGUGAUGCUGACCAACAUGUAACUUCUAAUGCCAGCGAUAGUGAAAGUAGUUACCUAAUCUUGAUUACAGAUGAGUAUGGCUGCUCAAAAGGUGGUCAAGAAGAAUAUGUCUUAUCUUAUGAACCAGUGAAUCAACAAGAAGUUAAUUAUACUCGACCAGUGAUCAUAUUGGGACCUAUGAAAGACAGGAUAAAUGAUGACUUGAUCUCAGAAUUUCCUGACAAAUUUGGAUCCUGUGUUCCUCAUACAACUAGACCAAAACGAGAUUAUGAGGUAGAUGGAAGAGAUUAUCAUUUUGUGACUUCAAGAGAGCAAAUGGAAAAAGAUAUCCAGGAACAUAAAUUCAUUGAAGCUGGCCAGUAUAACAAUCAUCUGUAUGGAACAAGUGUUCAGUCUGUGCGAGAAGUAGCUGAAAAGGGCAAACACUGUAUCCUUGAUGUGUCCGGAAAUGCCAUAAAGAGAUUACAGAUUGCACAACUUUAUCCAAUCUCCAUUUUUAUUAAACCCAAAUCCAUGGAAAAUAUUAUGGAAAUGAAUAAGCGUCUAACAGAAGAACAAGCCAGAAAAACGUUUGAGAGGGCCAUGAAACUGGAACAAGAGUUUACUGAACAUUUCACAGCUAUCGUACAGGGAGAUACGCUGGAAGACAUUUACAACCAAGUGAAGCAGAUCAUAGAAGAACAAUCUGGUCCUUACAUCUGGGUUCCAGCAAAAGAAAAGUUAUGAAAAUUGAUGUUUCUCUGUUGUUCUUUUCCACAAUCUCCUUUUGACACUUGUUUGCUCUUUUCUUUGGAGUCUGUCUUCAAUACGCCUUUUAUGUUGAAUCAUAUCCCAUGCAUCAUGGUCUAUAGUUGCACUUAUUUUUGACAUCUGGUGUCUCCUUCAAGUUUCAUCAUCUGUAUUAUUUUAUGUCACUAUUGAUUUGUGGCCAUUUUUCUGAACUAAAAAUGAAUGGCCUGACCAGCUAUUAAGGGUUUGGGGAGACGCAGAAUUUGUGGUAAAAUUCCUUAAUGUUUAAGGGAAAGUAACUUUAAGAGAUUUUCAGAAAAGCUUUAUAUGCAUUUUUUUCAAAUUUCAAUACAUAUGAAAAAGUGGUUUUAAUCAGUGAUUUAGUAGACUUUGAGCAAAUAUGCACGUUUAACUUUAAUAGCAUGGUUUGGCCAAUAUAUUAGCUCUCAAGUCCUUUUCUCAAUUGACUUCUGUUAUCAAAGCAAUUAUUUCAUGAUAGACAAAUAAGGAAAUGUGUUUUUUUUACUUCAAAAUUAAUGUCUGAGUUAACUUUCAUAGUUUCACAAGGGUUAUUCAUUUUUCAUAAGAGGUCUUAAAGUCUUUUAUUGUUUGUUUGCAGGGGGGGUUCCCAAUACAUUUGCUAGGAAUAACAAUGUUCAAAUGUUUUUAAUCUACUUGGUGACACUGUUUAUAGUGUCUUACAAAAGUUUCAUACAUGAUGAUCAUCACAUUAUCUGAAUUGAGGCCAUGUUUAGGUGCUAAGGGAGCUCACCUUUUACUCAAAAGGUUGAGAAAAUUCCAUAGACACGAAUACAGACAAAAACAGAUGUUAGAGUGGUAAUAUAGUAAUCAUUAUGGCAAUGGAAAAGGAGUCCAAUUCAUAGCCUAAAACUUUAAAUGUAUUCUUAGGGGUCAGAUUUUAAUGAAUAUUUUACCCACAAUAACUGCCUAUUUUGUUAUAAUAAAAAAAAAAAAAUAUAUAUAUAUAUAUAAACUUUCUUUAAACUCUGUAACUAUGGGAAUUAUUUUCUUUACAUAGUUGCACACACAAACAUAUAUAUAUUUAAAAUAUAUUUUUUUUCUUUUGCCACCUACUCCUAACUUUUUGUUUGGUUUUUAAAUUAAAUAUUAACUGAAUAGACUUAUCUUCCUUAAUCAUGUGAACUGAAAAUGGGGAUAUGGUGGUUGUGAGGAGAAACAUUUAGAGAAAUUAGAUUAUAAAUAAAAGUAUAAGCAUAUUCUCCUCUUUUCUACAUAAGUUUUCAAAUGGUUCUGGGGAUUUUUGUCAUUGCUGUUCUUGUCAUCAGGUUUGAGUUUGGUCUUCUACCUUUCCAUCUAGUUCUCCUUUAUUAAUAGGAAAACAGGCAAAAGCCCCUUGUAUGUUUGUAUUUUUCCCUCAGACACCUCUCAUCCACUGCUCUGCCCUCGGGUUGUCCAAAUCUUCCUGUUGAGCAAUUUUAAGAAAGUUUAGGGAAAGGUAGAAAUUACUUCCCAAAUCAGUUUCUCUGGUUCUUUAUAUUAAUAAUACUAUUUGGCUUCCCAUUGGUCUUUGGAGUUAUUAAAUUUUUGUUUUUGACAACCUCCUCGUAAUAGUUUCUUAAAAAAAAUGAGUACUGGUUUGUAAAGAAUUAUCAACAUUAUCCAUUCCAUUUAUGAAGAAGAGGAGAACAGCUAAUAAACUUUAUUGUAAAAU